AUGGGGAACGCUGCGAAUAAAAUGACAUAUCUGGCUGAAGGCUCUGAAAGGGAAAAUAAUAAAACGCCAGAAAAAAAGUACAACAUUUUAAUUUUAGGCCUUAGCGGUUCAGGGAAAACAACGCUAUUGUAUCAUAAUUUUAUUCCAGAAUGGACAAAUAUUACAUCUCACAUGGAACCAACUAUAUCUUAUCACUACGAAGAAAUUAAAUGGAUCAAUGGAAGAAUUGGUUUUUGGGACAUGUCAGGGAAUCCAAUAAUGAGAAACAUUUGGAAACUGAUUUACAGAAACGUAAAGGUGAACGCAAUUUUGUAUGUUAUAAACAUAAUGGAUAUAUCAGAUGAAGUUUUAUCUGAGAAUAACACACUCAUAAGUCUUUUGCUGAACGAUGAAUGUCUACAAGCAUCCUGUGUCGUCCUAGUUUUUAACACAUUUAAUGACGUAGACAAUCUAGAUGAAGCUACAAAAAAUGAGCUAUUCAUUAAAUAUAAAAUUAAAGAUUUGAUUAACCAUUAUGGAAAUAGAAUUAACCACAUUUUUGUUGAUUGCAAAAAUUGUAAGUUAGAUAAAAACUGGGUAGGAUUAAUGCAACAAAUUUCUUACUACUUUUGA